AAUUCAUAACCACUCAAAAAAACGAUACUCUGUAAUUCACUUAUGGCCAGGCCGGCACUCCAAGCCCCAAUAUAGGAGAAGGAGAGGACCCAUAUAAAAGUAAGCCAAGCCAACCAAGCUCCAUGAUAUAUUAUUUGCCAUUUGACCAAGCAAAAACGACCCUGAAAAAUAUAAUUUCUAUAUCCAUUCAUUUAUCAAUGCUCCGGCAAAAUCCACUUUUCUCUCAUCAAUGCUCCAGCAAAUUGUCAUUUGUCUGCAGUUGAUCAAUAUAUGAAACCCAAAACUCCAAAAACUGUUUUGUCUUUGUCACCCCACCAUUGCCGUUCUCCUUGUGUACUUAUUAGAUGAUUAUAUCCUCAUCCUCCUCCGCCAGCCAAUCCCUCCUCCCAUAUCAAAACACUUCCCUUUUCCCCUUUUAUGACCAAGUUUUCUUUUCCUCUCUAGAUUAAAUCUCAUUUUCUACUGACCCACUUGAAAAUUCCAAUAACCCACUUGGUUUCUCUAUAAAUUUAAGCAAAACCCAUCAACAAAGAGACUCAAGACUCCACCUUUUCUCUCAUCCACACCACAUCCUCCUCAACACGUUUCCAGGUCGAUUUCUUCAGACCCACCUCAAUAUUCCAAAAACCCACAUGUUUGUCUAUAAAUUAGCCCACAACCCAUAAACAAAAAAUACUCAAAAGACGACUUCGCCUUUUCUCUUCUCCAAAACCACAUCCACCUCAAAUUUUCCAAGAUCAAUUUCUACAGUCCCACCCCCCAAAACCCAUCAACAAAAAGGCUGAAAGGCUCCACCUUUUCUCACAACACUUCAAAACUAGAAAGAAAAAAACAGAGCAAAAUGAGAGAAUAUUGGACUUCUCUAGCAUCGCUACUUGGUGUACUGGCCUUCUGCCAGAGUCUCCUCCAGGUUGUGUUUCCACCAGAACUCCGAUUCGCAACUCUCAAGUUCUUCAACCGGAUCUUCCACAUGUUCUCCUCUUACUGCUACUACGACAUCACAGAAAUCGACGGUGUCAACACAAACGAACUCUACAACGCCGUACAACUCUACCUGAGCAGCUCUGCAUCAAUCACUGGUAACCGAUUGAGCCUCACUCGAGCACUCAAUUCAAGCGCCAUUACUUUCGGUCUCUCCAACAAUGACUGCAUCUUCGACACCUUCAACGGCGUCGUUGUGUUGUGGGAACACGUGGUCACGCAAAGACAGUCGCAAACCUUCUCUUGGCGACCUAUGCCGGAAGAGAAACGUGGGUUCACUCUCCGAAUCAAAAAGAAGGACAAGACUCUGAUUCUUGAUUCCUAUUUGGAUUACAUAAUGGAGAAGGCCAAUGACAUCAGACGAAAGAAUCAGGACCGUCUCUUGUACACAAAUUCCAGAGGAGGAUCGCUUGAUGCGAGAGGGCAUCCAUGGGAGUCUGUACCGUUUAAGCAUCCGAGCACUUUUGAUACUCUGGCUAUGGACCCAGUCAAGAAAAAGGAAAUCAUGGAUGAUUUGAAGGAUUUCGCGAAUGGUCAAGUUUUUUAUCAGAAAACAGGAAGGGCUUGGAAGAGAGGGUAUUUGCUUUAUGGUCCUCCUGGUACUGGUAAAUCAAGCAUGAUUGCUGCCAUGGCUAAUUUUCUUGGUUAUGAUAUUUACGAUCUUGAAUUGACAGAGGUGCACAACAAUUCUGAGCUAAGAAAACUCUUGAUGAAGACUAGUUCAAAGUCAAUAAUUGUGAUUGAGGACAUUGACUGUUCAAUCAAUUUGACUAAUAGACAGAAGAGCGGUAAUUCCAAUUCCAGCUCAAAGAAUUCACACGACCCCGAAAUGGGAUCCGGGUCUGUUGGCAAUGGUGGUGGUGAUGAUGGGAACAAUAAUUCAAUUACCCUUUCUGGUUUAUUGAAUUUCACUGAUGGGUUAUGGUCUUGUUGUGGGAGUGAGAGGAUUUUUGUGUUCACAACCAACCACAUUGAGAAGCUAGACCAUGCAUUGCUUAGGAGUGGAAGGAUGGAUAUGCACAUUUUCAUGAGCUACUGCUCGUUCCCUGCAUUGAAGAUCUUAUUGAAGAACUAUUUGGGUUAUGAGGAGGAAGACAUUGAGGAUGAAUUAUUGAAGGAAAUGGAGAUUGUUGUUUAUAAGGCAGAGAUGUCACCAGCUGAUGUUAGUGAAGUUUUGAUAAAGAACAGGCGCAAUAAGGACAAGGCAGUGAGGGAGUUGUUGGAGGCGUUGAAGGAGAAGGCAGAGAAGAAUUUGAAGAGAAAGGAAGUGAGGGAGAGGAAACAGAAUGGUGUGGAAGAGGAAGAGGAAGAGGAGGAGCAGGAGAAGAGGGCUUUAGAGAGUCCUAAAGAAGGUUGUGAGUUUGAGGAGAUUAGUGUUAAGAAAGGGGAGGAUGUUGAUGCUGCUGCUGAUGAUGAUGAGAAAAUCAAAUGAUACAAGUAAUGGUAUGUUGGGUUCUAGUUUUGCUUUCUUCUUAAUUUGCAUUUGUGUUGCAUAUGAAAAGGGGAUAUGAUUUGGUUCUUUUUAGAGUAUUGAAUGAAUCUUUGAGAUUUUCUUGAUGGCAAGUGGUAUUGUUAGGACAAUGUUAUUAUUUCCAUUUUCUCCCCAAAUUUUAGUAAUAUCCAUGAUCCAUCAUAUGGAUAGAUUCAAUAAUGGAGUUAAUAUUAUUAAAUAGUUAGAAAUGCUA